GAACCAUUCGUUGCUGGCUACUGUUCCUAGACGGACGUGUUUUCCCGGUACACUUGUUCAUAGACGCAACGUUUGAAAUGGCUGUGACCCUUCAAACAGAUCUAGGAGAGAUUAAAAUCGAGCUGUUUUGUGAGCGGGCGCCGAGGACAUGUGAGAACUUCCUUGCUUUGUGUGCCAGCGGGUUCUACACGGGCUGCGUCUUCCACCGGAAUAUUAAAGGUUUCAUGGUUCAAACUGGAGAUCCUACAGGCACAGGCAAAGGAGGAACAAGUAUAUGGGGACGCAAAUAUGAAGAUGAGUUCAGUGAGCACCUAAAACAUAAUGUAAGAGGAGUGGUCUCAAUGGCAAACAACGGCCCCAACACAAAUGGCUCCCAGUUUUUCUUCACAUAUGCCAAACAGCCACAUCUGGAUAUGAAGUACACAGUGUUUGGAAAGAUUAUCGAUGGCCUGGAAACACUGGAUGAACUGGAGAAACUUCCUGUCAAUGAGAAGACGUUCCGACCACUGACGGAAACCCGGAUAAAGGACGUGAUGAUUCAUGCCAAUCCUUUUGCUGGAUAGACAGUUUUCUCUUCAAAAAUGCAAAUAGGCCUUUAACACAAACUUGGACUCUGAUAUUUCCAAUAAUCCUAUUGUUACAGUGUAAAGUACCUUGCCAAAGUUCAAAUAGAUAACUUGUCAGAGACUAGAAAUAAGAUAGAAACCCCCCAGAUAUCAACAAUGAACAUGACACUGAAAUAAUAUAAUGCUGAGCUGUUGUAAAAAAAAUAAAAUAAUGCAUUUUUGUACCAGCGUUUUCUAAUAAGUGUUACUCAGAAUUUAAAUGGCAUUUACAACAAAAAAUACCUAAUAGUUUAGAUAAGUCAACACUUAAACUACUGUCCAUGGAGAAGUGCAAGACAUUGUGAAUCUUGAAGUGAAACUCAUGUGUAUGCUCUCUCAAAUUCCAAGCUUGGUAUGCUUAUUAUUAUUUUAUGAAAUGGUUUGCAUUGCCUUAAGACCCUUCUAAAUGUUUCAAAUCCUUUUGUAAAGAAGAAUUAAAGGCUAACUUGUUCAUACACAUUCAGGGUUCAGUCCAAAAAGAACACACGCCACCACUGCUAUUCAUUGAGUCUGAUCUUUAUUUUUUCUUGAUAGUCAAUGUAAAUAUAUUGUCAUUGUUUUGUACUAAAUAAAACAUUUAUAAUGAA